UGCACGCGCGGCGCUGUAGCUCCAUCCCCACGCUACUCUGCUGCGACCGGAAGUUGACACAACCCCAGGCUUUUCUAAACUCUCAAAUUCAUUAACUCGCUCGGAAAUACGUCAGAAUGUAUAAGGUCCGUGUCAGGUAGAGAUGCAAGAGCUUGUUCCCAGCAGUAGACAGACACACAGCAUUGUGGAUAGCAUAGGAACCUGUCAGCACCAUCGUGUAAAUAAGGUAUGGUGUUACGAGAAUUUUCGCUAUCAGAAAGUGAAAUGUUGGAUAUGAGACGUAUGAAAGAUGGGUAAUCAGGAGCUGGAAGAUGUGUUCGUAGCUGUCAUACGGCCAAAGAGCGCCGUGAGCCUUAACUCCAAGGAAUAUCGUGCCAAAGCAUAUGAGAUUCUGCUGAUUGAAGUUCCACUUGAGGGAAAAGAGAAGAAAAGGAAGAAGGUUCUCCUGGGCACCAAAAUUCACGCAAACGGCGACAAAACAAAGUCGAUCCUGGAAUAUGUGGACGAAGUGACUAAGCCCAUAUCUAAUAACCAAGGCAUAAUAGGGAAACGUGUUGUGCACAUGAAGAAGUUCCCUCUAGAUGGUGAGAAUGAAGGAAAAGAGGCCUCUCUAUUUAUUGUGCCAAUUAAUGUUAAAGAUAACAGCAAGACUGUGUAUCACCCUGGGAGUCCCAGCUUUUAUUGCCUUCAAGACAUCAUGCGUGUGUGCAGUGAAACCAGCACCCACUUCAACUCCAUCACCUCAAAGAUGCUGCUCGGCCUUGACAAGUGGCUGGCGGAGCAGCACAGUGUGCCACAUGCAAUUGCGGCGCUCUUCAGACCCUCACCCAUAGAGAGGGUCAAAACCAACGUGAGCAAUCCGGCCUACUCCACCGAGAGCAAGCAGAACGACACGUUGCUUCACAUGGGCUACACCGCACUGGAGAUCAAGAGCAAGAUGAUGUCACUGGAGAAGGCAGACAUGUGCAUCGAGAAUCCACUCUAUGGAUCAGACCUGCAGUACACCAACAGAGUGGAUAAGGUCAUCAUUAAUCCAUACUUUGGCUUGGGAGCGCCGGACUACUCCAAAAUCCAGAUUCCAAAGAGGGAGAAAUGGCAGCGUAGCAUGACCAGUGUGACUGAGGACAAAGAUCGCCAGUGGGUGGACGACUUCCCGCUGCAUCGCAGUGCUUGCGAGGGAGACACAGAGCUUCUGUCUAAACUGCUGGACAGCGGUUUUUCUGUCAAACAGUUGGACAGUGAUCACUGGGCCCCCAUCCAUUAUGCAUGCUGGCAUGGGAAGGUGGAGGCCACCAAACUUUUGUUGGAGAAAGGAAACUGCAACCCCAACCUGCUGAACGGACAGCUCAGCUCUCCAUUGCACUUUGCAGCCGGAGGAGGUCACUCAGAGAUCGUGCAGCUCCUCCUUCAGCACCCUGAUAUAGACCGGCACAUUGAAGACCAACAGAAACGUUCCCCUCUUCAACUCUGUGAGGAAAAUAAACAGAACAACUGGGAGGAGACAGUAAAUCUGCUUAAACAAGCCUGUAACCAACCAUAUGAAAAGGUUCGCAUUUACCGCAUGGACGGUUCGUACCGCUCAGUGGAGCUGAAGCAUGGCAACAACACCACGGUGCAGCAGAUCAUGGAGGGUAUGAGGCUCUCGCAGGAAACACAGCAGUACUUCACCAUUUGGAUCUGCUCCGAGAACCUGAGUCUGCAGCUGAAGCCCUACCACAAGCCCUUACAGCAUUUGCGCAUCUGGUCUGAGAUCGUCACCGACCUGACUGCGCUGGACCCGCAGAGGGAGAGCCCCCAACUAUUCUUGCGCAGAGACGUCCGUCUGCCUCUGGACAUCGAGAAGAAGGUUGAAGAUCCACUCUCCAUCCUCAUCCUGUUUGAUGAAGCGCGCUACUUCCUCCUCAAAGGGUUCUACUCAUCACCCGACAGCAAGCUCAUAACCCUGGCCAGCCUCCUUCUGCAGAUCAUUUACGGCACCUACGACAGCAAAAAACACAAACAGGGCUUUCUGAACGAGGAAAACCUGAAAUCCAUCGUUCCGAUAUCCAAAGUGAAAAGUAAAGCACAUCAUUGGACUAACAGGAUACUUCACGAGUAUAAGAGUCUGAGCACAAGUGAGGGAGUGAGUAAAGAAAUGCACCACCUUCAGCGUCUCUUUCUCCAGAACUGCUGGGACAUUCCCACCUACGGCGCCGCCUUUUUCACCGGCCAGGUUUACACCAAGGCCAGCUCCAGCACCCACAAGGUCAUCCGGGUCUACGUAGGGGUCAACACUAAAGGUCUGCACCUAAUGAACAUGGAAACCAAGGUUCUCCACCUCAGCAUGGAGUACAACACCUUCAUUUGGCAGCUCGGCCAGGCUGACCAGUACGUCCAAAUCCACAAUCUAGAGAACAAGAAGAACUUCAUAGUGCAUACUAAACAGGCAGGCCUGAUCGUAAAGCUGUUGAUAAAGCUAAGCGGACAAAUAAUCCCUAACGAUAGAGCACCGUCAGACAAAUAUGCCUACGGCUAACUCCUUCAUGCAACUCAUGCCAUCAAAUUACCUUGACUUUUACAGUUACAUUUGUAUCUAUAUUACUUUUAAUGUUUUUUAUGGUAAUUCUUAAGGAAUUUGUUCCCCAUAGCACCUUUAAAACUAUACCUUCUGUUUGGAACACAGUUUUUAAUUUUUUAUUUUUUUUAUUGCUGUGUAUAAAUAUUUAUAUGUAUUGAUUGCAUUUUAAUAAAGAAAUAUAU